AUGGCGGCCAACCCGAGAAAAUUCAGCGAAAAAAUCGCUCUUCACACUCAGAAGCAGCUCGAGGAAACGGCCGCCUUUGAGCAGAUCAUGCGUGAAGUAUGCGCUACGAGGGUAAGUCGAAUAUCGAUAGCAGAAGGCGCGUCAGAUCCAGCUGGAGUUUCGAAACCAGCUGCGGCAGCCGAUGGAGGUCACCUCAACAUUCCGGAUCGGGCGCUGGGUGCUUUCCGAGGAGGCUCGUUGCCUAACGUCAACCAAACAACGGCCAGCGCGGGAGCCGGCCAGGCCAACUCAUCGCAGAAGGAUUCCCAGAUCGACCUACAGGGAGCUCUUAGCCACUUGGAGAGCAUGAAACGAGGAGAUGUGAGCCCGUCUCGAGGUAGAAGCCAUCACCGGCAGAGAGCGGCUACGGCCGGCUCUCACCAUAGGUAUGAAGUGUCCCCCUACUCGUCGUCCAACUAUCUGUCACCGCCCCACGAGUCCAACUGGCGAAGGACGAACUCGGACUCAGCGAUAAAUCAGAGUCCAUCGAGAGAGAACUUCCAACAGGCCGGCUCACCGUCGCACCGGAGAAGUACAGUGAACUCGUGUUCGCAAUCCGAAGUCAUGCAGCAGCUGGGCAUGUACGAAUUCGACCAAGCGCCGUGUCGGCCCCGUUCCGCCGAAGUGGGUCCUCGUGGUCCGAUGGGAUUUGCGCAAGCGCCAAGUCCCGUUCACCUGUCCCCACCGCUCGGAUUGAACGGUCACUCCCCUCACUCGGGCUCCCUGCCCGAUUUGACCAAUUUGCAUUUUUCAAAUACAAACUCGGCUUUGUCAAACCACGUGUCUGGUGUGGCCAGCCUCGACGGCUCUCCUGAGAGCAUCUACAGUGACUAUCACGACUCCCACGAUUAUCCGCAGGGCUCUCCAGUCCGGUCGGUCCACGACACCAGCAAUGGGUCCGGAUCGCGACUGGUGAACCCUCAAGUCUCACCGCCCAGGAUUACCGUCGAGGGCUUAACGCUAGACACAAUAGCGCUGUCGUUGGAAAAUAGCUACCAGGGCGGAGUUGGUUCCCCUUACUCCGAAGCUGGUCCGUGCUCUCCUUUAGCGUCAACGCCGCCGUCGCCGCUCAAUAAUCCUCCAGGACCAACGCAGCAGGCUGUUUCCUCAUCUCAGGGAUCAAACCCACCCGGAAUCAGUCAGCACAACAAUCAGGUCCCCCAGAUGACUCCAACCUAUCAACAGCAACCGUCACCUCAAGCCCAUUUCGACAUGAUGUCGGGUAACUGUAGCUCCCCUAUGGUGGGCGGAGGUAACGGCAACUAUAGAAUGAGCAAUGGAGCGGCUGUCCAAAACGCGAUGUACGAUUUGUACUACAACAACUUGGCCGACUUAGAUAAGCUGAACCAAGCAUCCCCCGACCUAGGACACUCCCCAGCCCUUCAGAGUUAUUACGACAGCAAUCUCCAGAGUCCAGGCUCUACUGGAAUCCCUGAUAUCAUUCUUACUGAGCCCGGAGCUUGCUUGGACGAGUGCAGUAAUAACUCGGCGAAGGUACUGUCGUCUUCAGUCGGUAGCGGAGGACAGUAUUUCACGCCAUCACCUUCCCCUACCGGGUCACCUUUGCCCCAUUCACCGAACCCCCCGGAUCUCCAGUCAAUGAAUCAGCUCAAUAAUUCGGCGCCAAGUUUAGAUUCGAUGAUCAAUUUCGACUCGGAGUUUUUCCAAGGCGACCAGAUCGACCUCGAAGGAUUGCAGUUGCUGCCCGAGCAAGAAGCCGCGAUUCUGGCGGCUGUGGGCGGAGCGCAAGGAUUCACCUCAUAAUCGAAGCGAUAUCACCGCAGAGAUAUCACCGCUCGCCCCCGAUAGUGCAUCCAUCGAUUGCGACAGCAACAGAGACGACAU